AUACACACGUAACGUACAUCUCUGAGUACCGAACGGGUGAUCUGUCGGCAUUGGAUUGAUUAGUUGUUCUUGCGUGCCCCUUCCUUGUGCGGCAUCAUGACAGCGCAAUUUUGUUCGAUGAGUUCUGUUUCGACCAGUUGGAAAAGAAAAACAAGGAUAAUCAAACUGGCGAUUUGUAGACAAGCUGUAUUUGAUGUUAUGCAGUUUAAUGCUCGUGAUCCAUAUUUUGUGGCUGAUCCGAAUACUUUCCCCGCGUUUGGCUGGUUUGAUAACCUCGAUGAUUGUGCGCGAAACCCAUGCCCGUUUCAGGGGAACUCGGAGGAGCAGGUCAGUGUAUUGUUGAGUUCCUUAUCGGUGCCAACUGCUGGGCCAACUGAUCGUGGAGAAGCUUUCUCGUCUCAUUCGGUUGCGUAUUCUCCAGAUGUGGUGCAGUCUCCAGAUGGUGGGCUGCAGUCGAGACUGGGCUCUGUUUCUUUUGAUCCUGGUGUUCAGAAUGAGGAGUUGCAGGACGAGGAGUUGCAGGAUGAGGAUUUGCAGAGUGAGGAGGUGCUGAAUGAGAAGUUGCAUUAUUCUCAGCAUACUGUUUUCUUGGAUUCAAGCUCUGAAGUUUGCCACGCUCCAUUUCCUGACACUCUGUCGGCUUCUGUUGACCCAGGUGUUCGGAAAGAGGAUUUGCAUGAUGAGGAGGCACGAAGAAGCCCCGCGAGUCCCCGUAACCAGACGCCGUCUUGGUUACCGCCGGGUCGUAAAGAUAACUGUGCAUCUUCUUCCCGGCUCUGUUCAGAUGAGUUGCAGAGCAAUCGAUCUGAGUGUCAAGCUGCCAGGGACUGGGCCCGUGCCAAUGACGAUGCAGUUGCUCUUUGGCGGGAAUUCGAACGGCUCCCGAAAGAGGAGUUUUGGGCUCGGAUCGAGGCGCUCAACGCAUGCAAACUUCGAAUGGGAAUUGAGAGUCCCGAGGAGGCGCCGAGUCCUGAGGAGGAUGCUGGCCGUGGGAAAGGCCAGAGGCACCGCAGAAACAGGAGGCGGGCAAGGGCGAAGGCUCAGGCAGUUCUAACUGGCUCUUCUAUGUCAAAGUCGGCCCAUCCAUCUACUUGCGAUCCUCCCCAACCUCCGUCCUCUUUUCACGAUUCAGUUUCUUCCGCUCUACCCGCCCCAAGUGUGCCCUUGUUGCCCGAAGGCGACAAGGAGGCGGAGGUGGAUGAGUUGCAUAACAAUCAAUCAGAGUGCGAUGAGGACGCUGAUUCGGAUGCGGCCUUCCACGCAUGGGAUAAAAUGGCCACCCAGCGAGUGAGGGCAAAUUUCUAUUUGAAGAAGGCUGCUCUGCACCGUUUGUGUGAGGCUUUGCACCGUGAUGGGGGGGGGGACGCGGACAUCCAGAGAACCUGUGGGCUGUGUCGGUUGGACAAGAUAAGGAUGCACCGUAUUGCAGGGUGGUGCUUCGGACAUUGGCGGUGCUUGACAUUCUAUUCAAGUGGUGCUCAACGGUUGAUUGAACAACGCUUGCAGAGCCACAUUAGGCACCUUCGGGUAACCUUUUGGCCUUAACUGUGACCUUAUGCACCACAGACUUUAUGCACCACAGACUCGUUCCCAAUAGCGUUACGAAGCUAUGUCCAUACCUCUCUUAUUGUAUAUGCGAGUACAACAAAAUUAGACGGCCUCCGUGGAUUCUUCGACGGAGGGCGCUCUGUGGAGGGAUGUGCCUCCAUUGACGGCUCUGUAUGGCCGUGGUGCACGUUUUGGGUAGCCUCUUUCAUUUCUAACCUGUUCCUACACCUUUGCAAUUUCACAUGUCGUGCUGCAUCCUUUUCCUUGUUCCUGCAUCCUAUUCCGAUGCCUAUGCCUCAGUGGCUCGGCAGUGUGAUGAUAAGAUAUGCCUUCUCUAGCUACCCUGUGCUCC